AUGAGCAAAAACACCGUGAACCCGGUGGCGGAAGACAUGGUAGCGCCAGUGGGGAAAGAAACGAUCACUCGGGUUGAAAAAGAAACAAUUGACCUCCUGCAGAAUUCUAGCGAUGAAGAUAGUGCAGAGAAAGGUCAUAUUGAACAAGUCAGCCUGCAGAACAACAUGUCGGCCAAGAUCAAGAACCCGCUUGCUGGCUUGUCCAAAUCUCGAGUGCUUCAUGACGUGGAAGAUUUUGCCAAUGAGUAUCACAUCACUGAAAUUCUUCCAGAGCUCAAGAAAGGUGCUCUAGUUGCUCGCGAUCCCACUGAAUUUGAAUCCGUGCCCGAUCUAACGGAAGCGGAAAUCAUGGCACUGCAUGACGAGGUCAACCAUAAAUGGCGCCAGCCCAAGGCACUUUACUUCACUAUCAUUCUUUGUUCUAUUGGUGCUGCAGUUCAGGGUUGGGACCAAACUGGCUCGAACGGAGCCAAUCUGUCUUUCCCAACGGCUUUUGGUAUCCCAGAGGAUGCGAGUGUACGCAAUCAGUGGCUUGUUGGGGCCAUCAAUGCAGCUCCGUAUAUCGCGAGCGCUGCCCUCGGCUGUUGGCUAUCCGAUCCGGUUAAUCGCAUCCUUGGUCGUCGUGGUACUAUCUUCAUUUCUGCGGUUUUCUGUGUUCUGACCCCAAUUGGAUCGGCAUUCACUCAAACAUGGCCGCAGCUUUUCGUCGUGCGACUGCUUCUCGGAAUUGGCAUGGGCUUGAAGGCGUCAACAAUUCCUAUCUUCUGUGCUGAAAACACACCUGCAGCGAUUCGGGGUGGGCUGGUGAUGUGCUGGCAACUCUGGACGGCCUUUGGUAUUUUCCUAGGCACUAGUGCAAACCUGGCGGUGAAAGACACUGGUAAAUUGUCCUGGCGUCUACAACUUGGAUCGGCUUUUAUUCCCGCGGUUCCUCUUGUCUGUGGAGUUUACUUCUGCCCGGAGUCUCCCCGCUGGUAUAUCAGAAGGGGCGAGAUGGACAAGGCGUAUCAGUCUCUUGUUCGCCUCCGUAAUACGUCGCUUCAGGCUGCGCGGGAUCUUUACUAUAUUCACUCACAGAUACAGAUUGAGCAAAGUAUGAUUGGUGACAGUAACUAUGUCACUCGUUUUGUGGAGCUCUUCACUAUCCCUCGGGUUCGCCGCGCGACUCUCGCCUCGUUCACUGUCAUGAUUGCGCAGCAGAUGUGCGGAAUCAACAUCGUGGCAUUCUAUUCUUCGACUAUCUUCUCAAAGGCUGGCGCAACUGACACCCAAGCUCUGUUCGCAUCCUGGGGAUUCGGAAUUGUUAAUUUUCUCUUUGCUUUCCCCGCUGUGUGGACUAUUGACACUUAUGGCCGACGAGCCCUGCUCUUGUUUACCUUCCCACAAAUGGCAUGGACUCUCUUAGCGGCUGCGUUUUGCUUCUGGAUUCCAGGGACCACCGGAGCCCAUCUGGGUGCUAUAGCACUAUUUGUCUUCCUGUUUGCGGCGUUCUACUCGCCUGGCGAAGGUCCUGUGCCCUUCACAUAUUCGGCUGAGGUAUUUCCCUUGUCUCAUCGUGAGGUUGGUAUGUCCUGGGCCGUAGCAACCUGUCUAGGUUGGGCUGCCGUACUCUCGAUCACCUUCCCUCGCAUGCUUGUCGCGAUGACACCCACCGGUGCUUUUGGAUUUUAUGCUGGCCUCAACGUUACCGCCCUUGUGAUGAUCUUCCUCUGGGUCCCCGAGACCAAACAGCGCACCCUCGAGGAGCUGGACUACAUUUUCGCGGUGCCCACGCGGGUACACAUGCACUACCAGAUCUUCAAGGCAUUGCCGUAUUGGUUCAAGCGCUACAUCUUUCGGAUGAAGGUGGAGCUUGAACCUCUCUAUAAGCUGGACCACCUGAACACGGACUCCAAGGCUUUUCCUGAAGUGCAAAAAGAAGCGUGA